UCCUGUGCCGCCAUUUCGGGUUUGGUGAGGUCGGGAUCGGGCUGAGGUGCUCGUUUGCCGUGUCUGUCGCGGGCGGCGUCGGUAGGCGCCUAAAAGGCGGGGAAAGCGCAUCGGGGAGCGAGCAGAGGCCAUGGCCGGCAACUUCGACUCUGAAGACCGAGCGAGCUGGUACUGGGGCAGGCAGAACCGACAGGAGGCGGUGAAUCUGCUGCAGGGGCAGCGGCACGGAGUGUUCCUGGUGCGGGACUCCGCCACCAUCCCCGGGGACUACGUGCUCUCCGUCAGCGAGAACUCCAAGGUCUCCCACUACAUCAUCAACAGCGUCAGCAACAACCGGCAGUCCGGGGUGAGUCAGUCCCGGUUCAGGAUAGGCGAUCAAGAGUUUGAAUCGUUACCCGCGCUAUUGGAAUUUUACAAAAUCCAUUAUCUGGACACUACCACUUUAAUAGAGCCCGUUUCCAAGUCUAAGCAAUCCGGAGUGAUCCACAGACAAGAAGAGGCAGAGUAUGUGCGGGCCCUCUUUGACUUUAAUGGUAAUGAUGAUGAAGAUCUUCCAUUUAAGAAGGGAGACAUCCUAAGAAUCCGGGAUAAACCUGAGGAGCAGUGGUGGAAUGCUGAGGACAGCGAAGGAAGACGGGGCAUGAUACCUGUCCCUUAUGUGGAAAAGUACAGGCCGCCCUCAACUGCCGGGUCUGCUCUGAUUGGAGGUAACCAGGAAAAUUCGCAUCCACAGCAGCUGGGCGGGCCGGAGCCAGGGCCCUAUGCCCAGCCCAGUGUCAACACUCCGCUGCCUAACCUCCAGAAUGGGCCCAUUUUUGCCAGGGUUAUCCAGAAGCGAGUGCCCAAUGCCUACGACAAGACAGCCUUGGCUUUGGAGGUUGGUGACCUAGUAAAGGUAACAAAGAUUAAUGUCAGCGGUCAAUGGGAAGGAGAAUGCAACGGAAAAUAUGGUCAUUUUCCUUUUACACACGUGCGUCUGCUGGAUCAACAGAACCCUGAUGAAGACUUCAGCUGAGUGUGACCUGGAGCCGCUUGUAAAGUGCGAACAAUCAUGCUCGGUUUCCCUCUUUCUCCAUCUGCCAUUUAGACUGCCUUCACAGGUCUCGAGAUAUUUAGCCAGAGAAAGUAGUAAUACCCAGAAUCCCUCUCGAUUGCAAUCAUUCAGUUCCUAUGAGAUUUGGCAGAGUCAGGGUACGAGCUUGGAUUGUGUCUUGAAAGUAGGCAGAAUAUAACCACCAACCCACGGCAAUAUCUAAUAACCUGCAGAUGCAGUGAACUGCACGAUUGCUUCUAGCGAGGAUUGUUUUUUUUUAUAGAACAAGAGACUUUUUAUAGGGCCUUUAAUGUAUCUUCCUUACUCACUUUCCAGGUUGGACCUCACCAGUUUAUAGUACUGACACUUGGGUAAACGCUGUCUCACCAUUUUGGUCCCGUCAUUGUGUCCAUUCAGGCCAAUAAGCCUAUGUAGCUCACUUUUCCUUCAGCCGUUCCCAGUAUUAUUUUACAAGGUCCGAGCUGUGGGCUUCAGUCCAUUUCCUGACAGCCUGGACCAACACGCUCAUUUUCCUUUCCUUGUGAAUGUUCUUUACUUACCAAGUACCAGCCCACGGCAGAACGCCUGGCGUAAGCGAGCGACCCAAGGCGAGGUGUUCUUAAACCAGUGCAUUUCUGUGACAAUAUAACCCCAUCAUGUGCCUCAACCCUUGGAUUCUUUUGUUGCCAACAAGGACUUUUUUUUUUUUUUUUUUUUUUUUUCUAAGAUCCAACGAAAGCCCCCGUCAUAAUUUGGCCUCUGCAAACCCUUCUUUUAGAGGUGUGUUUUUUUUUUUUUUUUUUUAAUUCUCUUUUCUUCCUACGGGGAACCAGUAAGAGUACACUAACUGUUAAUUAUGGAAAUGAUGUAUUUUAUGUUGAUAUGUAGAAACUACUAAAAUAAAGACAAUUUAACGAGAGGGGUUGAAAGGAUAACUGAAUCACUGUGGUAUUUCUGCCUUCAUGUUGCUUUGCCAUAAAAGCUCAGUGUAUUUUAGAAGUCCUCCCUGAAUGCUCCCCAUGCUUUUAUCUGUGCCCUUUUAAAGAGGCAUUUAGAUGGAAUUUAGAGAUUUUCUUUAGAAUGCACAUUUACCAUGAGCAUAAGGAAUUUAUUUUAUGACUAGUCUGUAAAUGCCUACUUUCAUUAAAUUGAGUCCCGGUUCAUGUCUCGCCUACAUCUGUCUCACUUCUUGUGCAAGGAGAAUGGACAGAAUACCAUAGACUUUUUUAAUUUUAUUUUUUUUGACUUGGCAGUAAAAACUUUCAUAGAUCUUUAUGGACAUGAACACAAAAAUCUUAGGCACCAGUUGGUUACCUGGUUGCUAGGGUUUGUCUUACCGUGAUUGUGCCAUUUGAAAUAUAAGGGGGUUGUCCGACCUUUGCAAAAAGAAACCAUACUCCCCUCACCAGCCCCCUGAUCAUCCAGCACAGAGGCUCUGGUGGUCCCCCCCGAAUUUUGCUGUACUACUGGUAUUAUGGCUCCCAUUACGGAGCGCUGAUGCCAGGAGUACAGCAUGCGACUGCCAAGGCCAAUUAUUGUCUGCAAUGGUCGGUUAUAAACGGACCAGAGAGGGGGGGACCUCAGUUAAUCGGGGAUUGGAGAGGGUGAGUAUUGGCUUUUGGGGAUGUGCUUUCCCCUUAAAGGUCUGAUAACUUCUAUGAUCUCUCUAGCCUUGGAGGCCAAUCAAGUGCACAGUUAAGUCAGGAAUAUUAGUGUUCUAUAUUGUGUUUAGUUCACAUGGGCCCCUUUUGAGUAGUUGAUUUGCUGAGUCUUCUGGCAAUAACUUCAGUUUGUGCCUUCCUUCAAGGUUGCCUGGUAAACAAAGAUUUAUGCAUUCCUUCUUAAGGUGGUCAUACGCAUUUGGUAGAUGUUGGCAGGACUGGCCGGCUAGGUAAUGUGUGUUGGUGUUCCGAGUGUUCCCCCGAAGGCAGAUAAAGAUCCUUUGUCUCAAAGAAGUUGAGUUUUCUUGUCUAAGAAUUUGUGUUGUAUCGCUAGGAUAUGCCACAAAUGUCUGAUAGGUGCAGGUCCCCACCUCUGGGGCCUGCUUCUAUUUUGAGGACUAGGCUCCUGAAGCAAAUGAGAGCACACCACACAUGCGGUUCUCAAGAUGCAAGCAGGUCCCUUGCACCUAUCUGACAUCUGUGGCCUAUCCUAGCGAUAUGUCACAAAUGCUUAGCUGUGAAUACCUCUUUAAACGAGGUCGUCGCCUCAUUUUUACCAACAUAACUAACACUGUCCCAUAGAAAAUUGCAAACGCUUUCCAAGCAUACCUGUGUGCACUAUGUGUCUGUAUUCCAAAUCCAGAAAAAGCACUUUUAUUCUGCUGGAAAUAAAAAACAGCUCCCUAGUGCCCAGCUGAAAGUGAAAGUAAAAACUGCUAUCACUCCUGACUAUUUCUAAUGGCUAUAUUUUAGCAUUGCGCUAGACUAGAGGCAUCUGGUAACAGCCUAUGGAGAACACAUGCACACUCAGCCGAGCCAUGGGAAGGGGGAAUACCUGUCUUUCUGCCAACACCUAUAUAAAGUGUAUGGUCAGCUUUAGGUGCGGUCAUUUUUAGCUUUAGUAGUCUUGCUUUGUUUGGAGAUAUUUUCCAGUUUGGCCUUUUUUAAUCAGGAGUGCUGUAGAGAUGAUUUGCUUGGUUAAAACUCCAUUACAUUUCAAGUUCUUUAUUUGUGGGACCAUUUUGCUGCACCUUCCUCAGUAUAGUGAGUAUACCAGUUAUUUCAGUUUGUCGUUGUGUUUUGUUGCCAUAGUUUUGAUGACACUGACCUGUUUUGUGAAUAUGCUGCCAUUUUCUGAUUCUGUCGGGAAGGGACAUGUAGGCCUUUGGAGCCAGUUAGAUCACUCUGGCGCCCUUCAUAGACCAUACAAUACAACCCCAAAAAUGGAUGCUGAAAAGGUCUGCGCUGUUACCUAGCUCGCGAGACUUGCCCAGGUUUUAUGUACAGCUAUAAGGGCUACAUGAAGCCUCCACAGUGAAGAUGUGCAGAUGGAUGCAAUAUCUUACUUUGCAUACUGAGCACACGUUCUUCCAACUAAUACACACUAAGUACUGAACUGUCUAGUAAUGUAAUAUAAGUUACCGGGCCUCUGAAAGUCUCAUACUGACAGUGUUUUUAGUUUUUGUUUUUUUGUGCCAGACCAAAUCAAAUGAAGACUGAUGGAGUGAAUGAUUAGAGAUGGAAAACACUAACUUUCAUUGUAGAACACUAUUGUAUAUAUUUGACUGGUGCUCCUGUCAGAUAAAUGAAUUAACCAAAGUUGUAUGUAUUCAGAUCCCUACUAAUCCAUCUCUUCCAAUAGCCUUUGAGGUAUCUUCCCACAUGUAGACGAUGUGAAUUUUCCACCUUGGAAUAUCGGGCAGAGAAUCUUUUUCUCCUACAUGCUGUAGAAAAACAAAAGGGGUAAAAAUUGGCCUGCCGCGUCAUGUUAAAUCCCCUGCAUGUGAAUUUAUCCUGCAGAUUUGCCUCUGGUUCACUCGAUGCAUUGCAAAAUUCACGUGUAGCUCAUGCUAAUUUACCAUUUAAAUUUUUUCCUUCUGUGGGAACAUACCUUUUAGAGGGUUUUUUUUAUGUAAGUAAAGCUUAUUCUUUGUGUAAUGAAAAGCUCUGCAGCUUCCACUUUGGGUUCCAGUUUUUGUGCCUUUUUCCAGGUCUGUUUGCAGUCAGUGGAUAGGAAUGUUGUAGUUUGCCUGCAGAGGCUCAGGACCUGUGCAGACCCAAUAGUUUUCACAGGAUUGACUAUAAUUUGCUCCCAGAAGAUCUUCUAGUCUGGACACACAGAUCUGCAUCCCUGAAUGUUUGCUACUAUGUAUCAACACAUGAGAUGUAUCAGGCUAUUUAUGCACUGGUAUCUCGACUGUGUACAGUCCGUGUAACAAACCCUCAGUUAUUUGUUUUCAGCAUCUGAAUUUGAGCAGGAAAGUAUCCACCGACAAAAAGUAGUUUCACCCCCCCUGACAUUUCAUGCAGUAUUUGAAGCCAGUGUCAGAAGUGGACUGUAAGGCCCCUUUCACACGGGCGAGAAUUUCGUGCGAGAGCAAUGUGUGAGGUGAACGCAUUGCACCCGCACUGAAUCCGGACCCAUUGACUUCAAUGGGCCUGGGCAGAUGAGCGGUGAAUUUCGCGCAUCACAGCAUGUUCUAUAGUCUGUGUUUUUCCGCAGGCCCCAUGGAAAUGAAUGGGUCUGCAUGAAAAUCGCAAACAAGUGCGUAUGCAGUGCAAUUUUUCACGCAUGGUUGCUAGGAGAUGAGAGGGAUGAAAGCAACCCCAUUUAAGUGUAUUCACUGUAUUUUCCCUUAUAACAUGGUUAUAAGGGAAAAUAAUGGCAUUCUUAAUACAGAAUGCUUACUAAAAUGUGGAUUGAAGGGUUAAAAAAAAAAACCUCCUCAUCCAAUUGAUCGUGCAGCCAGCAUCAUCUUUCUUUUUUCAUGACCUUUGACGUAAUCGCGCUCACAAUGUGCGAUUUAAGCAUUCUGUUUUAAGAAUGCUAUAAUUUUCCCUUAUACCCAUGUUAUAAGGGAAAAUAAUAAAAUGAAUAGAACACCUAACCCAAAUCCGAAGUUCAGUGAAGAAGUUCGGUCUGGGCACCUCAUUGUUUGUUUUCACGCGCGUGCAAAACGCAAUGCACUCACGCGGUAAAAACUGAACAUAGGAAUGCAAUCAAUGUCAAAACUGACUGCAAUUGCGUGCCUACUCGUGUGGUUUUCCCGCAAUGCACACACGACGCAUCCGGGACGCCCGUGUGAAUGAGGCCUAAAAGGAGUGAAAUUCUUUUAAAGG